AUGGAAGUCAGCAUCCAGAGAGCUUUGAACGAUAAGCUCUAUGACAAGCGCAAGGUCGGCGCACUUGAGCUCGAACGGGUCAUCCGAGAAUUGGUAGUUACUAGAGACUAUCCAAGAGUCCAAGCAAUCCUCGAGCAACUCUGCAAUGAGUUCGCCUACGCCGUCCAUCAACCACAUGCCCGAAAUGGAGGCUUGAUAGGCCUGGCAGCAGCUGCCAUCGCCCUCGGUCACGAGCUACCCCGCUAUCUCGAGAAGAUCGUUCCGCCAGUGCUAGCAUGCUUCACCGAUCAAGAUGCGAGAGUCAGAUACUAUGCCUGCGAGGCCAUGUACAAUAUUGCCAAGGUCGCCAAGGGGGAGAUCUUGAUAUACUUUAACGACAUCUUCGAUGCACUCUGCAAGCUGGGAGCUGACUCUGAGUUAUCCGUUAAAAACGGUGCCGAGCUGCUCGACCGACUCAUCAAAGACAUUGUCUCUGAAUCCGCUGCGUCGUACGUAUCCGUCCUUGAGGGAGAGUUGGACCAGCAGGAGCUUAGCGACAAAGACGAGCUUGAAGAACGCGCUGCCCCUCCCACCGCCUUUUCCUUACGCCGAUUCAUCCCACUCCUCCAAGAGCGCAUCUGGGUCAUCAACCCCUUUACCCGCCAAUUCCUAGUUGGCUGGAUCACAUUGCUCGACUCUAUUCCCGACUUGGAACUUGUCACAUUUCUCCCUGACUUCCUCGGUGGUUUGCUCAGGUUUCUGAGUGACCCAAAUAGAGAUGUUCACGUUGCAACUAGAGCCUGCCUCGACAAGUUUCUUAGCGAAAUUAAAAGGAUAUCUAGGAUCAAGAAGGGCAUCGCCGAGAGCAAGAAGUCGCGUGAAGGCGGAAAGCGGAAACGCGAGGAGUCUGUAGAUUCGGGGAGUCUCCAGAUCGGCCCGGAGGAGGGCGAUGAGGUUGAUUCGCAAUCCGAUGACGAUGAUAGUAGCGGCGAGGAAGACUGGGUACCAGGACAAGAUGUCCAAAUCAACUACCGAAAAAUUCUCGAGAUAUUGACCGCCACUCUGGACUCGCCCCUUGAGGAGGACUCUCUCUUGGAGUCGCUACGAUGGAUAGUUGAGUUUUUGGACAUUUGCCCCGAAGAGGUGCUACCAUUCACUCCUAAGGUCCUGGCUCACAUGCUACCUGCUAUGGCCAGUGGUGUUGAAUCCAUACGCCAAGCUGCCGCACGCGUCAAUGCAGGCCUAAUGGAUUACGUCGUCUCCCUCUCUGAUGAGCCUGAAAUCGGCGGCAACUCACAGUCCAUGUCACGCAUUCCAGUAUCCGGUGAACGGCAAGAGGGGCCAUCUAGUGCACGAGCUUCUCUUUCUAGUUCACGGGACCUCGAAAUGCGGAGCCCAACCCCAGCCCAGGGACACAAUCGUUCUCUCUCGACACCUGUUGCGCCGCUAGCAAAUAACCAUCCCCAGGUAGAUCUGGACUAUGCCGCAGCCGUGAACGCCUUGACGCUCUUGUUCCUCAAUGACCAUGAAGCAACUCGCGUUGCGGCCUUGACGUGGUUGAUAAUGCUUCACAGGAAGGCUCCUCGGAAAGUUCUCGCGUUCAACGACGGAACCUUCCCUGCCUUGCUUAAGACGCUCUCGGAUCCAGCCGAAACUGUCGUCACGAAAGAUCUACAGCUACUGUCACAGAUUUCUCGCAACAGCGAAGACGACUACUUUUCAAACUUCAUGGUCAACUUAUUGCAGCUGUUUGCUACUGACAGAAAACUGCUGGAGACACGAGGGAACCUGAUCAUCCGUCAGCUUUGCGUUAGCUUGAGCGCGGAGAGGAUAUACCGUACACUCGCAGACUGUAUCGAAAAGGAGGAAGAUGUCGAAUUUGCUAGCAUAAUGGACGGACAAACUUUCUUUGUCGCGCUGUUCCGCUCGUGGUGCCACAACGCCGUCGCAACCUUUUCCCUCUGCCUGUUGGCGCAGGCUUACGAGCAGGCUUAUAAUCUUCUGCAAAUUUUCGCCGAGCUGGAGAUGACGGUGAAUAUUCUCAUCCAGAUUGAUAAGUUGGUGCAGUUGAUAGAAUCUCCUGUAUUCACUUACCUCCGACUGCAGCUGCUUGAGCCUGAGAAAUUUCCUCACUUGUACAAAUGUCUGUACGGCCUUUUGAUGCUCCUCCCCCAGUCCUCGGCCUUUGCCGCCCUGAAGAAUCGCUUGAACGCUGUCAGUUCAAUCGGUUACCUCCACAUUGCCCCCAAGGUGAAUCCACCGUCCACUGCAAGCUCAAGUUACGACAGGCCGAAUAGGCUUAAGAGUAGAGAGGAUAGCAUCAUUCGAUGGAAUGAGCUACUAGAGAAGUUCCGCACCGUCCAGGAAAGGGCUCGCCGAGCUCAGAGACACUCUGGCGAUGUUGAGGAAGGCCGCGGCAGCCUCGGUGUGGCGGAUCUGCGGCUCGGAGAAAGCCUCGACUCCAAGGGACCAAAAGAGGCACGCAACACAAGCGGGCCACCUGUUCCAAUCAAAGAUCCUCCUCCACCUGCACCACCGGCAGCCAAGAGAUCAGGUUUGGGAAUGCGGCAGAUUAGGAACCUGGGAGGCGCAGUCAGGGGAAAGCGGCCUGGCUAA